CUGCUAGCCAUUUUGAGUGCCUAAUCGGGCCAAACAAACUGAAACUAGUUUGAGCUUGAAGAUUUGAGGGCACAGGAGCAGUAGUGAAAUUUAAGAAUGAUGUAGAUUUUUCGUUCGUAAUCGAGAGACAGUAUAUCAAGGUUAAAGCGUAUGUCAGCAUCUCGGUGCUUUCCUUGCAGGAUGCCUUGGUGCAACAUGAACGUCGGCCUACGAGAUGUACACUUUAAGAAUCAGGAUAUACCUCAGCUUAGAUCUGAGCUGCUAUUAAGUGGAGAGCUGUUUGAAGAUCCUUGUUUUCCUGCAGACCAAUCUUCAUUGGGCGAUGUUGUGGUUGAAAAUGUUGUGUGGAAAAGACCAAAAGAUCUUUGUACCACUCCUCAACUUUUUUCAUCUGCACCAACUCAGUCCGGGGUGAAAUCUGGGAGCAUGAGUAGUCCAUGGGUUGUGUCAGCUAUAUCUGUUCUUGGUGGGAUGCGUGAGCUGUUUUACAUGGUAAUGCCAGACUCACACAUGCAAGAAUGGAGAGACGAUCCGUCCUAUGAAUAUCUUGGGCUAUUUUACUUUUGUUUUUGGCACUUUGGAACAUGGACCUUUGUCACCAUUGACGAUAGACUUCCAACAAUUGAUGGUGAAUUGAUAUUUACCCAAUCCACUGACAAAGGGGAAUUUUGGAUUCCUCUCCUAGAAAAGGCCUAUGCUAAAUUACAUGGUUCCUACCAGAAGCUAGAAUAUGGUCAUGUAACAGAUGCACUUGUUGAUUUUACUGGAGGAGUUGCUGAAACCUAUGACUUAAAUAUUAAUGAAGACGAUGUAAAUGCACAGCUGAAUCAUUUAAUGGAAACAUUAUCCCAUGAGCUAAGCAGUCAUUCCAUUAUCUGCCUGAAAAUCAAUCAACGACAUGUGGAUGAGGAGAGUGAUAGAAAUGAGCUUGGUCUGACUCGGGGUGCAGUGUACCAAGUAAAUGGAGCCAAAUUUAUAUCUUUGGGUGAAUCUAAACUUCAAAGCAUUUUCAGCAACAGAAACCGUAUAGGAAUGGUUCGCCUACGUGGCACACCUCCAGAACAACUAUUGGGUACAGCUAGUCCAGUGAGUCAGAAAAGCUCUGGCUCAUCGUAUGCAUACUCUGCACCUAUGCUAGCUCGCUUACUUUCCCGAAAUCCUAAAUGGGCGCAAGUAAAGGAGUCAGAGCAACAGCGUAUGGGAUUAACUUUUGACCACUUUGGUGAAUUUUGGAUGCCUUUAGAUGACAUGGUUGCAUUCAAUGAAGUUAUGGUUGUACACUUCUACACAAAGAAUGCAUAUGCUCUCCGAAUGCGUUGGAGGGAAGACUCUGUACUAGGACACUGGACUUCUGGAGUAAAGGGUACAUCCAGUGAUCGUGCUGGAGGAUGCCCAGAAUUUCAGGAGACAGUUUUAAGGAAUCCACAGUAUGCCUUUGAUGUACCGAAACACGAAGAGAAUGUUGUCAUCCAGCUUCUUCAAUGGACAGGUGUAGAUAAAACAAAAUUGAUUACUAACGAACAACUCCCCAUUCUCAUUGGAUUUUGCAUAAUAAAGGUUGAGGAAAAUAGAUGCUAUCGCCUUACCCAACAGUGGGAGUUUAACCCUACUGUCGUCACAAUUCAACCCUUAAGGAAACGUCAAUUAUAUUACUGUGGUACAUUGGCAAGAGGACGUUAUAUCAUCAUUCCAUUCACAUACAAGCCGGGAGAACUCGCUGGUUUUAUGCUAAGAACUUUUGCUAAAGCAAACAUUAGUUUGAGAGAAUUGAAACAAAGUGGACCAACACAACACUGGCCAAAAUUUCUUUUCAAGUACCCAUCCUUGACAACUGUGAUUGUUGUUGGAAGCUUAAGUAAUUUGGCAUUUGGCAAAGGCUCACACCUCUGGAUUCAAGUGAAAUGUGAGGGAAAGACUGCAAAAACUUCAAAAUCAGAAGAUUCCAGCCAGCUUAAAUGGAAUUCAGCCUUUGUAUUUUACAGAGCUAAUCCAGACAAAGCAAUAAGUGUUCGGCUGUACUCUCGUAAGUGGCAAUGCUUCCACUCUUUACUUGGUCAGGCUGAACUUCCUGCUGUUGUAAAUCGAUCACUCAGUCCUCUUGAAGUCACCUUAAGAGACAAGGCAGGUGAGCCUACUUCAACAAUUUUAACCCUAAAAGUUCUGACCAUUGACAGUAUUCUGUGUGCCUAAAAGCUAAUCGAAGCUAAAGGCACAUACAUCUCCACCUGGUGAUGAUUUCUUAGACUGGAUGUAGAAAACAUACAAAACUUUUAUGAACAAUUUAUUUGUGUGUGUGUGUGAUGUAAAUUUCUAGUCAGAUGGAGAUCAGUGUUUGACUCAUAGUGUACUUAUUUAAAACUGUGAAUUAGAAAUGCACAAAUGUGUUAUUUUUGUCCUUUCCUGUUGGCUCUUUUAAAUUACUUUUCUCUUCAGCUGGGCUCUUACAUGACAGUAUAAAAUUUAAAACAAUUGAAUAAAGGACAAAAAAUAUAGAUCCAUCAGGAAUUGAACUGAUUUUUGCUGAUUUUCUGUAAAAAGGAAAGAAAGAAAAUAUUGAUAUUUUAUACGAUGUAUUUAUUGGGUGCUGGAAGCCCAUUUAGUGGUAUACAUAAGACAUUGAAAGAUUGUUCAGACAGAAGGAAAGCAAGCAGACUGACAACUUACUUUUCUAAAUUCAACAAAAUUACUGACUGCAACAUCUUUUACUGUUGUGACCUGUGACCCCAUGUCUCGUUUUCCCCUUUGUCUGUUCAUAGAUUGUUUACAAGCCUUCCAAUAACAAUCUUAAAACACUGACAACUGUCAUGCUCUCCAUUAAUGAUUGUUUUUGUUGCGGCGUCUCAGCUUAUAAGCUGUUACUAUAUUGAAUCUCUCUUUAUUUUAUUUUGUGUUUAGUGAGUAUGGAAAUUUUAUCAUGUUAAUUAAACAACUACUGUAUAAAUGUCUACCUUUAUGUGUCUUCAGGAGCUUAUUCAGGCACAAGGCUUAUUAAUUUUGCUCUCCAGGUAUUGCUUUGUGAAUAUAUACAGUUCUUGUGUAAUUCACUUAGAUCUCUGUACAUGUUGACCUUUUACCUCAUUGAAUUUCUCAGGUGUAUUUUUAUUAUUGUAUUUUGAUAUUAUAUUUUCUAGUGUUACUAUUUUGCACAGUACAGCCGGUUGCAUUUACUUCUGUUCUUCCACUUUUUAAUUGUCAGUGUUGAGGUUGCAUUGCUUGCCAGGUUGUGUAAAGAGGAUACUCAUCAUGAUCAUGGAAUGUGUGCUUCCUCAAUGUGUCGGAUACUGACAUUUUGUCCCUCUGUUCUCAUUAUUUUAAUUUUAUGGUUACCAUUGUAAGUGAAGAGUGCCUUUCCCUUAGUUUAUUUUUCUGUGAUAUGUUGGAGUACGUUUUGUUCUCUCAUUUUGUAUGGAAAAGUCUCCACUUACAGUAACAUUACGCCUAGAGCUUACUUAACUCUAAAGUAAAGAACCUACUGUGUUAUGUUACAACUGCACUCAGCAGUGACAGUAUAAUACUAUCUGCACAUGAUGGGUAGAGUUUUAAGAAGCUUAAGAAUAAAUUGUCUUACAUUAUUUUAUUGUUUCUUCAAAAACUUACAUAGUAUCCAAGCUUUGUCUAGAAAGCCAAACUCCUAAUUUAACAACAUGAGAAGGAAAAUAACUCCUAUAGUUUUAUUCUUUUGAUGUCUUCGCUUCUAAAAUCAGUUCUGCAAAUAAAGGAAAGAAAUGUU